AUGGGAUUAUCAUCCACUGAGGAUGAGGGUGAGGACCCUUGGUACCAUAAAGCUUGCAAGUGUGAUUGCCAAGGUGGCACCAACGCUCUGUGGUCUGCUGGAACCACCUCCUUAGACUGCAUACCCGAAUGCCCCUAUCAUAAACCCCUGGGUUUCGAAUCAGGAGAGGUUACACCAGACCAGAUCACCUGCUCCAACCCGGAGCAGUACAUUGGCUGGUAUUCCUCGUGGACCGCAAACAAGGCCCGGCUCAACAGUCAAGGCUUCGGGUGCGCCUGGCUAUCGAAGUUCCAGGACAGCAGCCAGUGGUUACAAAUUGAUCUGAAGGAGAUCAAGGUGAUUUCGGGGAUCCUCACCCAAGGGCGCUGUGACAUUGAUGAGUGGAUGACCAAGUACAGCGUGCAGUACAGGACCGAUGAGAGCCUGAACUGGAUUUAUUAUAAGGACCAGACUGGAAACAACCGGGUCUUUUAUGGAAAUUCAGACCGUACCUCCACAGUUCAGAAUCUCUUGCGGCCCCCCAUCAUUUCCCGCUUCAUCCGACUGAUCCCACUGGGCUGGCACGUCCGCAUCGCCAUCCGGAUGGAGCUGCUGGAGUGCGCCAGCAAGUGUGCCUAA